ACAACAACAACAACAACAACAAUACUAUCAGCAGCAACAACAGCCGCACUAUCAGCAGCAACACCAAUAUUCCCACUAUCCACAACCACCACCACCACCACCACAACCACAACCACAACAACAACAACAACAACUCCAACAACAACAACAACUCCAACAACAACAACAACUCCAACUCCAACAACAACUCCAACUCCAACAAUAUUCCCACUAUCCACAGCAUCAGCAACAGUACUACCAUCACCAUCAACACGCGUACACUCAAUACUACCAGCAGCACCCGCACCACGGCCACCAACAGCAGGCCUAUUAUCCUCAACAGUACGGCUACCACCAGCCACCACCACCACCUCCCCCUGGUUGACAAGUCUUGAUGGUUCCGCGUGUGUUUGUGUGUUGACUGCUCAAUGGCACAGUGUCUUCCCUGUCUGUUUCUCCCCGUCUCCCCUCCCUUUGGUCCCCCAGCCAACCUCUGAGGUGUUGUCAUGGCAUCACAUAAAACCAGGUGAUGCCGUACGUGCGCACAAGUUGAUGGUUGCAUGUAUUUGGAAACACUGCGCUGUGCCGACUGCCGAACGAGACACUACACGUGCCACCGCUACACGCGGGCAGAAACACAUACACACAUGA